AUGGACAAUGUCUUCGCUCGAAACUACGAGCCCGUCCCGAAGACAGAAGCCGAUGGCGACAGCGACACCACUAUGACCAACAAACCACCCCGUCGCGGAGUCCAACAAUUCCUAAAACGAAACCUCGCCGCAAUCACCAUCACGGGCCUCCUCAUGGUCCUGUUUCUCCUAGUACUUGCCGUAAUCGCCGCCAUAACUAUGGAGCCCUUGCGACAGGUCCUCGCCAUGAAAGAUCCCUCAUCAUCUCUCGCAUACCCCGACACCCUCAAAGGCCAACGACAAUGUCUCCCGCCAACCCCGCGAAUCAGAUACUCGUGCGGAAACUCGACCGAGGAGGCGAGGAAACUCGGCUGCACCUAUGACCCUCUUGCCGGCUGCUGGCUGCAUGAAGAAUGUCCGCAUGACUUCACGCACGAGUUUGCGCAUUUCCACAAUGGCAAGCCGUUUGUCUAUUUCUAUGAUGAGGAGGCUACGAAGCCGAUGAAGGAUUAUACGGAAGUUGGUGAUAAUCCGGACUUCUAUUGGACUGAGGUUCGCGAACACUUGGUUCAUUGUUUGUAUCUUCUGCGGCGGGGGCAUGAUGUGCAUAUGCGUGGUGAUCGGUUGGAUAAUAUGCUUGGGGACUUGGAGCAUGUUGAUCAUUGUACUAAUAUGCUGGCUAACUGGCUGAGAAGACCGGAUCCUGCAUUGGAUAAAGUGGGUACUCAGGGGUUUACUCAUUGUUUCAUGUCGUGCAGUUGA